CGCGGGGGGGAGAAGGACGGGAGGGUUGCGCGCACGGGUACGCGCACACAGCCGGCGGCCCCCACGGAGGCUGGCUGGCUGGCUCGCACACACGCACACACAGACGCGCGCGCACACACGCGCGCACACGCAGCGCCAGAGCCGCGCUCCCGCUCCCUCCGCGCUCCCCUGCGCGGCCGGCGUUCGCACCGCUCGCUCUCCGAUCAACGGCAGCCGAGGAACACCCCCCCCACACCCCGCCGCUGUCCGGCCCUUAGUGCCCGAGGGGGGAGGAGGAGGAGGGAGGCAAGAGGAAUAAGUCCACCAGUACCAACAACAACAACAAAACCCACCAACAAAUCUGCACUAGCGCCUGAGUCCUCCUCCUCUCAGACCGUCGCCUGCCUGGCAUCGCCGCUCAUCGGGCUGCUGUGCUGAGACUUUGUUUCAAGUAAAAAAAAAAAAAAAAAGAAAAAAAAAAAGAAAAAGAAAAAAAAAUCCAUCGCUUGCUCAGCCACUUCCAUUUUUACCCCCCUGCAGUCUCGCUGGUUUGAGGUUGUGGUGCUUUUUUUUUUUUUUUUUUUUUUUUUUUUUUUUUUUUCCUUCAUGUGGUUGGAUUUGGUGGAUCCGGAGCCAAAGCUGCUUUUUUCCCUCGGUGGGGUGUGCGUGUGGCGUGCGGGGGUUUUCUCGCCGCGUUUUUUAUCUUCUGCUGCUUUUUUAAUCUUGGUUUUGAACCUGAGCCGGGGAAAAUGGGAAACGGUGCUUCCGACAGAAGGGGAAUCUCUCCAUCACUGUUGUUGGGACGUGUGCCUGUGGUGCUAGUCUUUUAGAGAAAUAGCCUGACAGCUUUCGGAGUGGAAGGCCAAAUGACAUAGGAUGAAGGCUGUUCGUAAUUUGCUGAUUUAUAUAUUUUCCACCUAUCUACUGGUUAUGUUUGGAUUUAAUGCUGCCCAAGACUUCUGGUGUUCCACGCUGGUGAAGGGGGUCAUUUAUGGAUCGUAUUCUGUAAGUGAAAUGUUUCCAAAAAACUUCACAAACUGCACUUGGACACUGGAAAAUCCAGAUCCGACCAAAUAUAGUAUUUACCUGAAAUUUUCCAAAAAGGACUUCAGCUGCUCCAACUUUUCCCUCCUGGCUUAUCAGUUUGAUCAUUUUUCCCAUGAAAAAAUAAAGGAUCUUUUAAAAAAUAACCACUCUAUAAUGCAGCUCUGCGAUUCCAAGAAUGCUUUUGUAUUUUUGCAGUAUGAUAAGAAUUUUAUUCAGAUACGCCGCGUCUAUCCUAUCGAUUUCCUAGGAUUACACAAAAAGGAAGAAGACCAAAAAUCCUUCUUUGAGUUUUUGGUUUUGAACAAGGUGAGCCCGAGCCAGUUUGGGUGCCAUGUGUUAUGCACUUGGUUGGAGAGCUGCUUGAAAUCUGAGAACGGGAGAACCGAGUCCUGUGGGAUCAUGUAUACAAAAUGCACCUGCCCUCAGCAUUUGGGAGAAUGGGGAAUAGAUGACCAGUCCCUGGUGUUGCUCAAUAAUGUGGUGCUGCCCCUCAAUGAGCAGACAGAAGGCUGCUUGACCCAGGAGCUGCAAACCACCCAGGUCUGCAACCUCACCAGAGAAGCCAAACGGCCUCCAAAAGAAGAAUUUGGAAUGAUGGGAGAUCAUACAAUUAAAAGUCAGCGACCUCGAUCUGUUCAUGAGAAAAGGGUCCCUCAGGAACAAGCUGAUGCUGCUAAAUUUAUGGCACAAACUGGUGAAUCUGGUGUGGAAGAGUGGGCCCAGUGGAGUACGUGUUCAGUUACUUGUGGUCAAGGGUCGCAGGUGCGAACCAGAACUUGUGUAUCACCUUACGGGACACACUGCAGCGGCCCUUUAAGAGAAUCAAGGGUUUGCAAUAACACUGCCCUCUGUCCAGUACAUGGCGUUUGGGAGGAAUGGUCACCUUGGAGUCUGUGUUCAUUCACAUGUGGUCGAGGCCAAAGAACUAGGACAAGGUCAUGUAUACCUCCCCAGUAUGGGGGAAGAUCAUGUGAUGGACCUGAAACACAACAUAAACCAUGCAAUAUUGCACUCUGCCCUGUGGAUGGACAGUGGCAGGAGUGGAGCCCAUGGAGCCAGUGCUCAGUGACGUGCUCCAAUGGCACCCAGCAGCGAAGCCGUCAGUGCACAGCUGCGGCCCACGGCGGAUCCGAAUGCAGGGGACCAUGGGCUGAGAGCCGGGAGUGCUAUAACCCUGAGUGCACUGCAAAUGGCCAGUGGAACCAGUGGGGCCACUGGAGUGGAUGUUCCAAGUCCUGCGACGGUGGCUGGGAGAGGAGAAUAAGGAUCUGUCAAGGGGCUGCUGUGACUGGGCAGCAAUGCGAGGGAACUGGAGAGGAAGUUAGACGGUGCAGUGAACAGAGGUGUCCUGCACCUUAUGAAAUAUGUCCUGAGGAUUAUUUGAUGUCAAUGGUGUGGAAAAGGACCCCAGCUGGGGACAUGGCAUUCAAUCGAUGUCCUCUCAAUGCCACAGGCACCACUAGCAGACGCUGCUCUCUCAGUGUUCAUGGAGUGGCCUUCUGGGAACAUCCAAGCUUUGCUAGAUGCAUAUCAAAUGAGUACAGACACUUGCAGCAUUCAAUUAAAGAGCAUCUCGCAAAGGGACAGAGGAUGUUGGCUGGUGAUGGCAUGUCCCAAGUAACCAAGACACUAUUGGAUUUAACUCAGAGGAAAAACUUUUAUGCUGGAGACCUUCUAAUUUCUGUGGAAAUUCUCAGAAAUGUUACAGACACAUUUAAAAGAGCAAGUUAUAUCCCUGCAUCUGAUGGGGUACAGAACUUCUUUCAAAUCAUUAGUAACCUCUUAGAUGAAGAAAACAAAGAGAAAUGGGAAGAUGCACAACAGAUCUAUCCAGGCUCGGUGGAGUUAAUGCAGGUGAUUGAAGAUUUUAUACACAUUGUUGGAAUGGGAAUGAUGGACUUUCAGAAUUCAUACCUAAUGACUGGAAAUGUAGUGGCUAGCAUUCAGAAGCUUCCUGCUGCAUCGGUUCUAACUGACAUCAAUUUCCCCAUGAAAGGAAGAAAAGGAAUGGUUGAUUGGGCACGAAAUUCAGAAGACAGGGUUGUCAUUCCAAAAAAUAUCUUCACCCCUAUGUCAACAGAACUAGAUGAAUCAACUGUAUUUGUACUUGGAGCAGUGCUGUACAAAAAUUUAGAACUCAUUUUGCCCACUUUGAGGAAUUUUACAGUUGUUAAUUCAAAAAUCAUCGUUGUUACUAUACGACCUGAGCCUAAAACUACGGAUUCUUUCCUAGAGAUAGAACUAGCGCAUCUGUCUAAUGGCACAUUGAAUCCAUACUGUGUGCUGUGGGAUGAUUCAAGAACGAACGACUCUUUGGGAACCUGGUCCACCCAGGGAUGUAAAACUGUGCUUACCGAUGCAUCCCAUACGAAAUGCUUAUGUGAUCGUCUCUCUACCUUCGCCAUUUUGGCUCAGCAACCUAGAGAAAUAAUCAUGGAAUCAUCUGGUACACCCUCAGUAACCUUAAUAGUAGGCAGUGGUCUUUCAUGCUUGGCCUUGAUCACCCUAGCAGUUGUCUAUGCAGCGUUAUGGAGGUACAUCAGAUCUGAGAGGUCAAUAAUUCUAAUCAAUUUCUGCCUUUCUAUUAUCUCAUCGAAUAUCCUUAUCCUGGUUGGACAAACUCAGACACAUAACAAGGGCAUCUGCACCACAACCACCGCAUUUUUACACUUCUUCUUCUUAGCUUCAUUCUGUUGGGUAUUGACAGAAGCGUGGCAGUCAUACAUGGCUGUUACUGGAAAAAUUAGGACACGGCUCAUAAGGAAACGUUUCCUGUGCCUUGGAUGGGGUUUACCAGCCUUAGUGGUUGCAAUAUCAAUAGGCUUUACCAAGACAAAGGGAUAUGGAACAGCUCACUACUGUUGGCUGUCUCUUGAAGGAGGGCUACUUUAUGCUUUCGUUGGACCUGCAGCUGCUGUUGUCUUGGUCAACAUGGUGAUUGGCAUUUUGGUAUUUAACAAACUCGUUUCCAGAGAUGGAAUCCUAGACAAAAAGCUCAAACACAGAGCGGGUCAGAUGAGUGAGCCUCAUAGCGGUUUGACGCUCAAAUGUGCCAAGUGUGGAGUAGUUUCAACAACAGCUUUGUCAGCCACCACCGCCAGUAAUGCCAUGGCAUCCCUUUGGAGUUCCUGUGUGGUGUUGCCACUUCUGGCCCUGACUUGGAUGUCUGCAGUUCUGGCUAUGACAGACAAAAGAUCAAUAUUAUUUCAGAUACUUUUUGCAGUAUUUGAUUCAUUACAAGGCUUUGUUAUUGUCAUGGUCCAUUGUAUUCUCCGAAGGGAGGUUCAAGAUGCAUUCAGAUGUCGACUAAGAAAUUGCCAGGAUCCAAUCAAUGCAGAUUCUUCAAGUUCCUUUCCUAAUGGACAUGCUCAAAUCAUGACUGAUUUUGAAAAGGACGUGGACAUUGCUUGUCGGUCAGUUCUUCAUAAAGACAUUGGACCUUGCAGAGCAGCUACUAUAACAGGAACACUUUCUAGAAUCUCACUAAAUGAUGAAGAGGAGGAGAAGGGACCAAACCCUGAAGGAAUGAGCUAUUCUACCUUGCCUGGAAACAUCAUCUCUAAAGUCAUCAUCCAACAACCAACAGGUCUCCACAUGCCUAUGAGUAUGAGUGAACUGGCUAACCAGUGUUUGAAAAAAGACAACAGUGAGCUGCGCAGGACUGUGUACUUAUGCACGGAUGAUAAUUUGAGAGGUGCAGAUAUGGACAUAGUCCAUCCUCAAGAACGGAUGAUAGAAAGCGACUACAUAGUAAUGCCCCGAAGCUCAGUAAACACCCAGCCAUCACUGAAAGAUGAGAGCAAAAUGAAUAUAGGCAUGGAUACAUUACCUCAUGAAAGGCUGUUGCACUACAAAGUUAAUCCAGAAUUCAAUAUGAAUCCUUCUGUAAUGGACCAAUUUAAUAUCAAUUUAGACCAGCAUCUUCCCACCCAAGAACAUAUGCAGAGUUUACCAUUUGAGCCCCGCACAGCAGUAAAGAAUUUCAUAGCUUCAGAGCUGGAUGACAAUGCAGGAUUAUCCAGAAGUGAAACUGGAUCCACAAUAUCAAUGAGCUCGUUAGAGAAGGUCAUGCAUACAAGAAAAAGGCACAUGGAAUUGUUUCAAGAAUUAAAUCAGAAAUUCCAGACACUGGACAGAUUUCGGGAUGUACCAAAAUCAGGCAGCAUGGAGAACUCAGCGCAGAACAAGGCUCCAUGGGACAGUUUCAAAACCACAGGCGAAUAUCAACACUAUACAACGAUAAACGUAUUAGACACAGAGGCAAAAGAUGCUUUAGAACUAAGACCAGCAGAAUGGGAGAAAUGUCUGAACUUGCCUUUAGAUGUGCAAGAAGGUGAUUUUCAAACAGAAGUUUAACAAAAAGAAAAACAAACUGAACAAGAGAAAAACAAACAAAAAUAAUUAAUUGCACUGACAAUAAAGAGACUUUGGGAAUCCUGACGCUCCUGUCUGAACAUUGUGACUACUUUAUGUCAGGCUCUUCCUGUGCCAAAUGUCAGUGUUUUUUUUCAUACAGUUUAUUCCCACUAGUAUGGCUAGUGGAGAACCAGGUGUACAAUUCUUACCAUCGUGUGUUGUAAGUACCCGUGGAAUGGAUUUGUAAGGUAAUCUUUAUAGAUAAACCUCAAGCAACGAUUCAUGUUGUAACAGCUUCAUUUGGUUUAGUUUUCAAAAAACUUCACCAUGAAGCACAAUGUAUAUAUUUAUGCAGUUUUUAAAGUUUAUAACAGUCUGUUUGGCCAUUACUACACUUUUUACUUUAUAAUAUAAAAGCAAAGUUUUUGUCAUUAAAUGAAUGUCUGUUGAGCUACAUUCUUCAUUGCUUUAAAUGCAAUAAAGUAAUAAUCUCACUUUUAUAUGAAUAAUAUAUUUCACAUCUUUAUUAUUGCAGUUUUCUCUGGAAAGCUCAGAGUAGCUUUCUCUGCUGCAGCUGUGUAUAAAAUAUUUAAAAUGUUGUAUGGUGUAAAUAAACCUUUGUCUACAUAUCAGUU